AUCGGGGUUCAGUUUGAAAGCGAAAGGAGGAAUGAUGUCGUGUACUUCACAUGUCUUUAUUCUUGUUUGUUUAUUAAUCACAAGCCAAUGCGCUAAAGGCAAAGAUAAAGGAGAUGAAAAGUGGAAGAAAAAGGACGUCCGUGAUUAUUCAGACGCUGACUUAGAACGUUUAUUCGACCAGUGGGAGGAAAAUGAUGACGAAGAAUUACCUGAAGAUGAACAGCCUGAGUGGAAGAGAGAACCCCCUAAAGUGGACCUCUCCCAGCUUGACCCAAACAACCCUGAGCUCAUGCUGCAAGCCUCCAAGAAAGGCCGCACUCUCAUGAUGUUUGCCACUGUAUCAGGUGACCCAACAGAGAAGGAGACUGAACAGAUCACACAGCUGUGGCAGACCAGUUUGUUCAACGCAAAUUACGAAAUUCAAAGGUAUGUCGUGGGCAGUAAUCGGGUGAUUUUCAUGAUAAAGGAUGGUUCCAAGGCCUGGGAGAUAAAGGAUUUCCUCGUGACACAGGACCGCUGUCAGGAGGUCACCAUCGAGGGAAAGAACUACCCAGGGGCAGCAGCCAAGGAAUCGGACAAAUCCACUGAAGGAAAACAGAAAACUGAUAGCCAAAAAGCUGGCAAGCUGCCAGAGAAAGAAGCAAAGAAGGAUGAGUUAUGAUGCUGAAACUCACCAUCAGCUGUACCGAGUUGUUACAGUGUGUUAGAAGUGCACUACAGUUUAUAGCAACAUGAAGCCUAGGGAUCUAGAUGUUUUGUCUGAUCAUAGGAUCCCCUCAAUCAGUGUGCUGUGGAGAAAUAACAUUAUGAACAAUAACAUUUUAUACAUUCAUUUUGUAGAGUGCUUUUAAAAGUAUGUAUACAAUUUUUUUGUUUACAAUAUUUGACUGUGGUGUCCAAUCUCAAUGCUCCCUGUAGAGAUUCUGUCUUAACACUGAGAGCUGGGUUUGUUUUGAGUUCAGAAGUUAAAUGACUGGGAAUAUCUUUCAAGGAUGGCCUCCUUGUGGAAAACUGGCAGCUCUGUGGAGUCUGUGUUAACGGUACAGAAACAUUUCAUGUCCAGUGAUCAGUCAUAACAAAUGUUCCAGCUUUAUGUUGUAUUUUAUCAAAUUUGACUCGACUCAUUGUAUUAUGUAAUUAUUUGGACUGCGUUCAUUAUAAAGACAUCAGAAUUUGACUCGACUCAUUGUAUUAUGUAAUUAUUUGGACUGAGUUCAUUAUAAAGACAUCAGAAUUUGACUCGACUCAUUGUAUUAUGUAAUUAUUUGGACUGAGUUCAUUAUAAAGACAUCAGAAUUUUGAAUGAAGGCUGUAUGUAUGUGACAAUAUCAUCAACAUUAUCUUAAUAUAUAUAUUUUAUAUUUGAAUUUUGAUGAAGCAGUUAUACCUCAACUCUGUUGGCUAGAAUAAUAUUUCUUGAAAAAAGUACAGUGCUCCCUCAAUAUAUUGCCCCCCCCCCCCCCCUCCCCCCAUUAUAAUGCCACCCCCGCUUAUUGCCUGAAAAUCCCAAAGAACAGAUUUCCUCCCAUGUUAACAUGCCCAUUUUAAUGCCAACCCCACAUAAUGCCAUAUGCCACUGAUUUUCACAAACAAAUGGUCAAAUUUUAUAGGGUUUACCCUCAAUAAUAAUGCCAAUUACCUACCACACAUCCGUAAUCACACCUGUACUUCGAUAGCGGUGCAGUGAAGUGUGACAGUUUGGACAAGGGAUGCAAGUGGCCAGGUUAAUUACCAAUAAUUGCAGCAUUGAACUCAAGAUAAUUUAAAUGUUUAUACAGAAUGGAGUCCAAAUAACUUUUUGGUAUUGAAUUUGUUUUGACCGCUCAGUGAAUUGUCCAUAAUGGUUAAUUUGUUAUAAUGCCACCCCCGCUUUAUUACCCAAAUUCGUCUUAAACAAAAGUUGGCAAUAUAUCGAGGGAGCACUGUACAAUUUUAAUAUAGAAUAUUCAGUCAGUGUGGCCAGAAUUGAGAGAAGUUGAAUACACAUUGUUACUUUUUUGUUUAUUUAUGAUAAAGGAAAAGGGAAAAGGAAAUGCAGUAAUUAAAUAUCAAAGGGCUUCCAGUACAUGUUUAUUGUCUGUCAAUAUGUGUGUCAACAAUGUAUGGUACAAAUAACUUAUCACACUGUAUGUAGUAUGUGUAACGAGGUACAAGUGCACUCUGUACAAGGUUGUAGGGUACUAGAAAUGUGUAUCAUUAAAGACUGUAUAAUCCGGGUUAACAUUACAUUCCUCUGCCACAAAUUCUCACGAUUGUCUGUUUAUCAAAACUGUAGUCUUAUUAAACAAAGAAAAUCACAGAUUAUUUCACUGUACACAUGUUCAAUCAAAAUACAUAUAUAAAUUAUGUCAAAUUAUGUUUACUGUUGAAUAAAAUAUUGAAAAAUUA